GCCUCCUGAGUAGGUGGGAUUACAAGUGUGCGCCACCAUGCCCUGCUAAUGUUUUUUGUAUUUUUAGUAGAGGCGGAGUUUCACCGUGUUGGCCAGGCUAGUCUCAAACUCUUGACCUCAGGUGAUCUGCCCACCUUGGCCUCCCAAAGAGCUUGGAUUACAGGCAUGAGCCACCGUGCCCGGCCCUUGUAGAGUUCUUGAUGUUGACCCAAGGUAGAGUUCCUGGGGUACCCAGAGCCUUGAGUGGAGAAAGGGGAGAAGUGGAGACCCUGUGACUGUCUUUGCAGAGUGCUGCCCUGCCCAGGAGGUACAUGCUGCGGGAGCGAGAGGGGGCCCCAGAGCCUGCAUCCUGCGUGAAGGAGACUCCAGACCCCUGGCAGAGCCUGGACCCCUUUGACUCCCUGGAGUCUAAGCCCUUCAAGAAAGGUAGGCCUUACUCUGUGCCCCCCUGUGUGGAGGCGGCUCCGGGACAGAAGCGCAAGAGGAAGGGUGCUGCCAAGCUGCAGGACUUCCACCAGUGGUACCUGGCUGCCUAUGCUGACCAUGCUGACAGCCGGAGGGCUCGGCGAAAGGGUCCGUCCUUUGCAGACAUGGAGGUCCUGUACUGGACACACGUGAAGGAGCAGUUGGAAACUCUCCGGAAGCUGCAGAGGAGGGAGGUGGCUGAGCAGUGGCUGCCGAGGGCGGAGGAGGGGCUGUGGCCUGCAGAGGAGGACCACCUGGAGGAUUCUCUGGAAGACCUGGGGGCAGCAGCAGAUGACUUUCUGGAGCCAGAGGAGUAUGUGGAGCCCGAGGGAGCAGACCCCAGGGAAGCUGCUGACCUUGACACAGUGCCGGUGUCCCUGAGCUACGAGGAGCUGGUUCGAAGGAAUGUGGAGCUCUUCAUCACCACCUCCCAGAAGUUUGUUCAGGAGACAGAGCUGAGCCAGCGCAUCAGGGACUGGGAGGACACAGUGCAGCCUCUGCUCCAGGAGCAGGAGCAGCAUGUACCCUUUGACAUCCACACCUAUGGGGACCAGGUGGUCUCACGGUUCCCCCAGCUCAAUGAGUGGUGUCCCUUUGCGGAGCUGGUGGCUGGCCAGCCAGCCUUCGAGGUGUGUCGUUCCAUGCUGGCCUCCCUGCAGCUGGUGAGUAGCCUGGGAUGCGUGGGGGUGGGGGGACAGUUCCCAGACCCUGCUGAUGCCCCACCCCUGCAGGCCAAUGACUACACAGUGGAGAUCACCCAGCAGCCUGGGCUGGAGACGGCCGUGGACACCAUGUCCCUGAGACUGCUCACACACCAGCGAGCCCACAAGCGCUUCCAGACCUACACUGCCCCCUCCAUGGCCCAGCCCUGAGUGGGGAGCAUCAAGGCAGGGGUGGGGGAUGUGUACUGAGGAGCCGUGCAUCUGCUCCUGGCUGGCCCAGCCUAAUAAAGCAGUGUUGCCAUCUCAUCUUCCCCCAAAAACCCUUUUACGUACACCUGCCCUGCGCAGAGAAGAGGGCUGCCUGACCUCCAUGGGCUGCUGGUACAGAUCACACACGCACAGAUUAAACGCACCCUGUUUAAUGACGGGGCCCAGGCUGCAGCAGGUCAAGACAGGACACUGCGGAAAGUCGCCAUGUGCCGCCGCACGCUGUCUGCGAUCUGCUCAGCCGACCUGCUCCGGCCGUAGUAAUCGGUGAAGAGGCCGUCAGGAUUGAGCAGGUAGAUGGUAAUGGAGUGGUCCACAAUGUAGUCCUGGUCCUCAUCCUUGGGGCCGGCACUGUAGUACACACGGUAGCUAUGAGUAGCCUGGGCAAUCUGUUCGGUGGAGCCGGUCAGACCCAGCAGUCUUGGGUGGAAGUCCUGGACAUAGCGGGCCAUGGCUUCAACGUCGUCCCGCUCAGGGUCCACAGUAAUGAAGACGGGCUGCACUGGAGGCAAACCAGGCUCUGCUUCCAGCUGCCGCACCACCUGCACCAGCUUCUCCAGCUCGUCUGGGCAGAUGUCAGGGCAGUGAGUGAAGCCAAAGUACAUCAGCACCCACUGGCCCCGGAAGUCAGCCUUGCAGCGAGACUGGCCUUUGUGGUCCAGCAGGUGGAAGUCGCCCUGGCCCACAGCUGCCUGGCGCAGGGCUUCUAUUCGCUUUUGCUGCUGCAGCCUCUCUUUGUCAGCCCUCAGGGCCAGCCAGGCCCCACCAAGUCCAGCUCCAAACAGGGCUGUGAUCAACAGCCUGGUUCGAAGCCCAGGGCCCUGAGGCUGGCCCUGCCUACCUGUCUCUGCAGGGCCCUGCCUUGACAAAAACCAGGACCUCAGAUGCAGGGCCCGGCCUCCCAGGGUCCCAGGGAGGACUAGGGGCUUGAGGUGAGAGAGCCUGUGCCAAGCCGUGGGGCUCCGAGUCAGCAGCAGCAUGGAUCUGAUGCUCCUGGAAACAAGCACAGGUGUCAGGAGCCAGAAGGGAACGCCCAGGACGGUGCCUGGGCUGCUCCUGCAACUCUGGAGAGGAGACCAGUCACCCAUCUGAAGGACCCAGCCCACGUUCAGGCCUAACAGGCGUUUGUAACUGCUCACCUGAGCUCAGAACACCUCCACCAAACAUCCACACCUGUCACUCCUGUCCUCCAUCUGGGUUCACCAGCCCGUCGCCACACCUUGCCCUGCACCUCAGCAAGGUGAACCUCUUGCUGACUGAAAGCAUUCCAAGUGCAUGCCUUGCCUGGACUCCUAACCACGUUAUCUAUUUGCAAUAAACCCAUUUCUUAAAAGGA